UACAUAUGUACAUGUACAUGCUGUGCUUUAUGCGCGCUGGUGGUUCUGCGUGACUGAAUCUCAGUCAAGAAUUCACGAUUUAACACUGGUUUUAAACCAUGGCGUUUACAUUUGUUGCAUUCUGCUAUUUACUGGCAAUGCUUUUAGCAGCUGUGCUGAUAUUUUUUGCGAUAUUUCACAUAAUUGCAUUUGAUGAACUGAAGACUGACUAUAAGAAUCCAAUUGAUCAGUGCAAUAGUCUAAAUCCGCUGGUGCUACCUGAGUACAUCGUACAUAUCUUCUACAAUGUGCUGUUCCUUGCGGCAUUUCAGUUUGGGACACUGCUGUUCAACGUUCCCCUCAUUGCUUACCACAUCUACAGAUAUGCCAACCGGCCAGUGAUGAGUGGUCCAGGGCUGUAUGAUCCCACAACUAUAAUGAACGCAGACGUCUUGUCACGAUGUAUGAGAGAAGGCUGGAUCAAACUAGCUUUCUAUCUCAUCUCUUUCUUUUACUAUCUUUAUAGUAUGAUCUAUGUCUUGGUUUCAUCAUAGAAGCACAGCAUCUGAAAGGGCCUGAAAGCAAGCUGAGUGGAAGGAAUUUUUCUAUUUUAGGAAAAACAAAUGUCUACAUAGGAGGUUGUAUCUUUUUUUUAUAAGUGUGUUUGACAUGAAAAUGCAAAGCGAUCCUCAGUUGUAUUCAUUUUUUGUUUGUUAUGUUUCAAGGGAACACCACAAUGGUAACACAGUCCACCAUGGACUAAAAGAUGUUUUAAAUUUCACAAAGGGAAUUUUUUGGCAAAACAAGUAGAGCUGAUAAGUACAUAGCCAGAUGUCUCAAAUAAAAGAAUAUCACGAAUGAACAGUUAACUAUUACAAAUGCAAUUUUACAAUCUUCAGUUGAACUGCAUGGGUUUUACACCAUUUGCUUUCACCGUAGUGUUAGCAAUUAGUAUGAUUAGAUACUAGGUGGAAAUAUUAUUUUAGUGUUAAUUUAAUAACAAGGGCAACACCACACCAAGUCAUGUUGUGUUAAAUACACUCCUUGCCUUACAUUAAAUGGAAAGAUUCGGUGAGGGGUCAUCCAUUUUUGUCAUGACUUUCAUGAGUGUACAAAACGUACGCUGAAGGGGAGGGGGUUAAUUGGUUGUGUACGCUUUAGAAACAUGUUGAAAAUGACGAUUAUGAAAGACCGGCCAUAGUUUAUGCUUCCCGCCACUGUAUGCACGCGCAGUCUGGUUGUGGUUUCAACUCCUGUUGCAGUGCACACAUGGUUCCAGAUCAAGUGCAAUGGAUGAUACGAGCGUACAUAAUCCUCGUGUGAAGAAACUGUCCCACACUUGUGCACGCGUGCAAUUCCUGUUGGACAACAAUAUACGUGUAUGUAGGCCUAUCAUGUGUUUCUUGCCAGUAGCAAGUUGAAUUCUGAGCAUACCAGGUGACCUAAAUGCUCUGAUGUCAUGGACGUUGUUUUCCUCCUGCCACUAUUCUCUGGUCGUCUACUGCAGAUUACCAGCCGUACAUGUUGAGUGAGAAUGGGUAAUCGGGCACCAUAGAGAAACCGUCAUUUUUUUGGUUCAUUCAUUUUGUCCUCUUUUAGAGGAGGGGUAGGCCAGAAAAAAGUACUCUUUUUACUCUUGUGAAAAUGACGACAAAAAUGGAUGCCCUCUUAUUCGAUUUCAUAUGAAAUAGUUAAUACCUCACUGCUUAUCAUACUGAAUGAAGAGUGUUUAACCUGUUACAGUUAGAACAAAAACACUGGCAUGUGAGAUGGCAGCCAAGCAGACCCUCUGUAUGUGAGGUUUUCUUCCCUGGAUGACAUCACACUUAUGCACAUGGAUAUGGAAAUUGGUAUUGGAAUAAAAACCAAAAGGAUGCCAAAAUAUCUUGUAAACAGCUAAACAAACUUGAAAAUAACUUAAUUUGAAACAUGGAGGUGCAUUUUCAAGGAUUGCAGUAAAAAAAAAGUCAUUGGACAUGACAUGCUGCAGAUUAAGAAAUCCUAAGCAGUGGCCAAAGAGUGUUAGAACAUACUUAAUUAUUGAAAUUGCACCGGUUAGUGUUUGUAAAAUAUUUCAUCAGGGCUGAAAUGGGAUGGAGAUCUGUCACUUUAUGACCCUAUUCAAACUCGUCAAAUGUUGGACAUCAUUUCCACUUGGCACAGUGUUGUGGUCAGUGGUGGUUGUCAGUAAAAACAGUGAAGCUGACUGUUUUAAAUAGGCUCAAUGUUUUUCCACAGGCCUCCAGACUAGUCCCAAAGUUAGCCAUGGUUGCACAGAUUUGACAUCAAGUAUAUUUGAUUUCAUUUCAUAGGAGUUCGGACUUGUAACAUGAUGCCCUACACAAAAUAGUGACUACUGCUGAAAUUGCUCAUACCGCAUGUAGGCGUGUUUGGAAUUACGUGUUUGUGUGUGGUAGUUGAUCCAGUGUCUUAGGAAAGCUUGCUGGAAAUUUGUUCUUACUGCACUAGACUGCAUGUAAACUAAGGCAUUACUUCUGUAAAAUGGACUAGUGCAAAGUUAAUGGAUUUAAAGUAUUAAUACAUGUACCCAAUUUUUAAUAUCUGUUCACUGUUACGCAGCUAAAUCCUUCAAUUGAGAGCAAAGAGAUUUUGGAGAGAUUUUGCAGGGUUGUGGAAUGUAGAGCCCAACCAUUGAUACUUGGGUUUCUGCACAGUAAAGGAUUUGAGAAGGGUUGUGGCCUCUGUAACCGGACUCAGUUCUUCAUGAAGAACAUCUCGUACCUUUACAUAACGUGUUCAAACAGAAUGUGAUGCUAGUAGAAUGUUUUGCACUCCAUUUUUUGAAAGAUGCAUUGAAUAAACUUUAGUCAGCCAUCUGAUGGAUAGUUACUCAACGAAUGUGAAUAUGAAGGUUUGUACAUUUUCUUGACAAAUUCAUAUCACAAAGAACUGAUUUUUGUAAGCUCGUACUGUUUAUAGAUUUGUAUUGGUAUAAAUUUGUUUCCAUGUAAAUGGUAGACAAUAAAUUUGAAAUAGACCCUUGAAAAUUUGCUGUUA